UUCUUACGCUCAAGACAUUAUUGCGUGCGCGGCCUUUUUAAAUUAACUAUCAAUUUUAAGCUAUACUUCUCGCAUGGGUGAUUUCUAGAAUUCUGUUCUCGAACGCGAAUAAUAAAUUCUCACGGUAGUAAUGAAAGAACCCAUUUGAAUUUAAAUAACAAGUUUCUUAAUGAAAAAUUGUUUACUUAUUCUAUUGCUAAAAUGUCUCGACGGAUACCAAUACUAUUCGUAAUGAACGUGUUUCAUGUUGUUUUUGUUUUUUUGUGUGUGCAAAAUAAUGAAAGUUACGCCGAUACAAACCAGUCGGCUCAUGCUGUAAUAGCAGUAACAUCGAAGAACAAGUAUGAUCUAACUAUCAUGCCCAGCGUUGGUGAAAUAACUGCGGUUAAGUCCACACACGCUACGAUAGAUUCGAAUAAUUCAAAGCAUCAAUCCAACCAGAAACUUCCAAAAUUACAAGACCUGUGGCAUCAAAAUAAUUCGACAGUAGAAAAGAAUGGAAACAUUGCAACAAAACUCGAUGAAGAUAUCAUUAGAAAUGAAGUACGCAACUUACCGAGCAGCAAGCGCAACCUGUUUUCAAUGGAAAAUCAUUCUGACACAAAAUAUGGGAUGCGUACAACACAAUCGCCAGAACAUGAUAAUAAUAAUGCUUUAUUUGAUGCGUCCCAGACGAAUAUAUUUCAAAACGAAGUGAAUGAUAGAAGAACCAUGGGAUACCGUUUAAACCAGAAAAAUACUAUACAUGAAUGUUCUGAAAUGAAUUCUAUAAAUCCUAUCAAUCUCUUCCAUAUAUUCACCGAGAUGUACGACCAUUUCAAUUGGAAUAUCAGCAUAAUAAAAAACGAACUCAGCUAUGAUUGCGCUGUUGAAAUGGAUAUUUAUUUAAACCAAUUGCGGAAUUCGAAAAUAUGGGCGAUGAAAGCAAGUGAUUCUUCUGGUCGCUACGGUGGACAAACUUUCUUCGGAAAUGAUUUUUGGCUAGGGUCCAAAUCGUUCUGCACAGAGAUUAAUCUACAGAAUAAAGAUGACAAGGAGUUGAAAAAUGAGGAUUAUAUAGAAAUGAAUUUUUUUGUAGCAUUGAUACAAAUUGCAAUCGAUUUCGUAGCAGCCGAGCCAAAACUUCUACAGCUAGGACAAUGUCUGCCAAGUCAUUGUUCAACGAGCGAUGUAUAUCGAAUAUUAAAAGAAGAUCCAAAAUCGAAGCUGAUUUCAGACAAGAACACGUGUAAUGCAGCCAAAAAAAGCUCCCGCAGUGUUAUGGAGAUAGUGGAAGUAAGAACCGUACCUGGAAGUUAUAGCCUGCUGAAUGACAGCAAAUUUUUCAUAGUAAGCUCUGUAAUAUUCGUACUUGUCAUUGUCAUGAUUUUAGGUACAUGGUACGAAGCGUGGUAUCCUGGAUCUAAAAAAUGCAUUGUCUCAAAUGCUAUGAAAAGUGACCAUACUGUUGGAUCUGCCCCUAUAAUUAAUAAUGCAGAAAUGAUAAUGGAGAUUGAUGGUACGAAAAAAUCGUUGAGUGAUAUGAAUAAAAAUAUCACGAAUGAAUGUGUACAUAUUGUAGAAAACGACAUAUAUAACAGUAACACAAAACAGAGAAAAAACACAGAUUUCAGCACUGAUAUACUGCUGUGUUUUGCGGCGGGCGCAAACUCUAAGACAAUUCUAUCCGUAGAAACCGCCAACAAGGACUCGCUUACAUGCAUACAUGGUUUACGAUUAUAUUCGCUCCUUUGGACAAUUAUGGUUCAUACCUAUCUACAACUUUUUGCAGUAGGUGGGAAUAGAUAUGGGAGAAAUAUUACAGAACGGUCAUUCAGCUACCAAAUCAUAGGAAACGCUACAUUCUCAGUAGACACCUUCUUUUUUAUCAGUGGAUUAUUGGUCGUUGUUCUAUUCUAUCGAUCUGCUACAACAAAACGUGCGAUCGGCAUAGUCAAUGGAAAAUAUAUAUAUGAGAAUAGCAUGCUGGAGGCAGCAUCAAAAAUUAUACUAUCAAUAUUGUACCGAUUUUUGAGAUUGACUCCAGCAUAUUUGUUUGUUAUAAUAAGCAAUGAACUCGCAUUAAAAUGGACAUACGGCAGAUCGGUAUUCAAGCCAGGAAUCAUUGAUCAUAUAACAUGUGAUAAAUUCUGGUGGCGUAAUAUACUCUACAUAAAUAACUGGUAUCCUGUCAGAGAAAUGUGUAUGAUAUGGUCUUGGUAUUUGGCAAAUGAUAUGCAAUUUUAUAUUAUUGCCAUUAUUAUAUUAACACUGUCAAUGAGAUACAUAAAAACAUCGAUUAUUAUACUUGUAUUACUGACAAUAUGUUCGUGGAUAAUUUCCAUUUUCAUUUCCAUUCAUUUCAACUAUUCCUAUAAGGUUGCAAGUCCUUUCGAAUCUUUUGAUAUUCUAUACGACAAACCGUGGCAAAGGAUAACACCGUAUAUUAUGGGGAUGUUCACCGGUUACAUCUAUAAUUUCAAAAAGACGCCUCCCAGAAUGUCCAGUUAUUUGAAUGCAUUAUUGUGGUUUUUAUCAUUAACCAUAAUUAUAAGUUUGAUCUUCGGCGUAUGGAGAGGACAGUUGAGUGUUCCGGCUACCGCCCUCUACAUGAGCAUUGGACAUACUGCAUGGGGAUUAGCACUGGUUUGGAUCACAUUAUCAUGCUGCUGGGGAAAUGCUCAUUUCGUUAAUAGGUUACUGUCAUAUAGAGCACUGUAUCCUUUGAGCAGACUGUCGUAUUGUGCAUAUUUACUCCAUCCCGUUGUGAUGAUGGUGACCUCAUUUCAAAUGGAAGCGCCGAUACAUUUGCAACACAUUGUUAUCAUACCCAUUUUCUUUGGAAAUGCGGUCAUUUCUUUUAUCCUAUCCUAUUUUGUGUCAUUAUUAUUGGAAGCGCCCAUGGUGAAUCUGUUGAAAUUGAUCUUUAAAAAAUAAUGUUGUUCUAUAACUGUAAUAUAAAAUGUAUUAUCCAUGAUUUCAAUGAAUAAAUAAAGA